UAUAUAUAUAUAUAUCCUAUUGGUUUGGUUUCCCUCCAUACUAGCUGUGAAGCUCCUUUUAGUUUGGAAUUUUGGUUAGUUUGGUUUUGGCAUUUUACAAAAAGCCUAAGAAAUACACUUCUUAUUGAUUUGUUACUGUAAUGACCCUUUUGCUUGGUGUUAUCUAUAUAAUAUAAUCCCAUCCAAUGUUGGAACAAGUUCCUAGAUUACAAACGGACCUGAUAUUUUGUAGGCCAACCCUGCACAUAUAAUCUAAUCUCAUAGGCUGUUCCUGCCUUUUAAGCCCAAGUUCUUGACCAUGUUUAUUUAGUAAAACAAAUAGCAAAUACGAACCAGAAGUGUUCACUGCCAUCUCUCACACAAGGUUGUCUAAUACCAGCCAUACUCAUCCCCACCUCCAAGCCAGAUUCAAAUGAUGUGCUGAAAAGUUCCUGUUGGUAUUGUGCUUUUCCCGCCCCCCAUUUUGCAAGGAGGGAGCUUUGAUUCUGAAUUGGAAACCUUCUUGUGUAAGUAUUUGCAUUUAUUCUGUAUUCUUUUAACUUGAUACCUUUGCCAAAGUCAUUGCUUUCUUUAACAUAAGAAUAGUCCAGCAUGGCUUCUCUGCCUAAUGUUAACAAAAAAGGAAGAUUAGAAACUCCCCUAAUUUUUUAAAAAUCCUAAUUCUACAUCUGAAAUGAAUCCUGAAGAAGGGGAAAUAAUUAUUAACAGCCUAAUUAAUGUUAGUGGUUUUCUAAUAAGUGAAAAAAAAAUUCAAAACCAAACCAAUAAUACCAUAUUGCAAUAUUGAAUUUAAUCAAUUACCGUAUUCCUCUUCCUUUCUCUUGCCUCAUUUGGGCUACUCCAAAGCAUGUGCUUGGGAAACAUUUAGAGAUGUUUUUAAUCUACAUUUUCUAGAAAAGUUUUCCUUACAUGUGAAAAAAAUUGGAAACUGUUUAGACAUUUGUGUUCUGUAAUCCCUGUUUGCUUCUCCUUCCUCAUUACCACAAAUGGCAAAGUUAGCUGUAAACUGAGAGCAUUUUUCUAAUUUAGUUUAUAUUCAUGUUAGGUGACAGCCACAUUUGGAAAAAAGCUGACAGCCCUAACUUAUUUUCUGGAUUAAUCUCCAAGGAUUUAGACAAGUUUCUUAAAGAUAAAUCCACUUUCCCCCUAUCAGAAUGGGCUUGCCUUGAAUUAGUCACCUCCUCCCAGAAAUAGCCCAUUGUAACUUCUUCCCUGUGCCACCAGAUGUUGGUUUAUGCAAACCAGACCUUGCUGGGAACUAUUCUUCCUGGGCGUCGCAUUUAGCACAAGUUUUUUGAGCCAGCCUAAGUGAAAUAAACCUCGCACUGGUUGGUUGAAGAGAUCUGUGCUCCUGUGAAUAUCAGGUUUGGUUAAGGAAUAAUUCCAGGCAAAGGAAGAAUUUGCAACUACAAAGGAAGGUUCACAUAAUUCUUACCUUGAUAUUACCAUUAUGUGGUGUCACUAUGAGGAGUGUUAUUAAAUGCCUCUAAAAGGUAUCUCAGUCACCUGCAGGGCCAAAAUGAAGAGGCCAUCCCAGUCCUGCCCUUCCAGACCAAACAACACUGCCUUGAAGCAGCAGCACCUGCCCACCUCCCGGCUGCAACUCUCGGCCACCAGAAUCCUCUCUGGCUUUUUUGUCACAAGACUGUUCUGUCUUGGCAUGGGCAUCGUCCUUAUAUUGUCUGCAAAGAGCAUCAAGGAAAUAGAGGUUUCCCAUCUUAUAUUUUUAAUGCAAAUUCUAAGCAUGUUCAGUUUGGGGACUAUAAAUGAGUGGUCAGCUACUGUCAGUCACUCUGUCCACUCAGCCCUCCAUACAGGGGCCUGGCAAAGUCAGAAGCUUCCUAAAUGCUGGCAGGGGACUGAGUGGGGGAUUGAGGAGGUAGCAGGAGAAUCAAGGCCCAAUGGCUGCCAGACACCCAUGAAUCGAAUGGAUGAAAAAUUAAAAAUAUGUGCAAAUUGUGCAAAACUGCAGGAAAGUGCCAUUAAUUUUGACAAAGAAUGCACCUGUUCUAUUCCUUUUUACCUUCUGGAGACAAUGCAGGGUAAUGUUUACAUGUACUACAAAUUAUAUGGCUUCCAUCAGCACCUCUACCGAUAUAUUCUGUCCAGAAGUAAUAGCCAACUGGUGGGUACAGAUAUAAAGUAUUUACUUAGUGCGAUACUUAGCACAACCAGCAAGGUAAAGUUUCUUGCUUGCAUCUCUCACAAAAUUUUUAAUUUCCUUACAGAUACCAUUAUCCUUUCAUAUAACCUUAAUUCAUCUAUACAUAUCAAAGUCCCAAUGCUAAGGAGUGGAAUUACAUGGUGGACAGAUAAGUAUGUCAAGUUUCAGAAUCCAAGUUCCAUUAAUCUUUCUAGUGAAUUUGCAGGAACCACCAAGCCCCCAUCCUGGCGUACCUAUGAACUGGACGAAGAGGAUCCAGGCAGCAACGGCUUCAUCAAUGAUGACUUCAUUGUGUGGAUGCGGACAGCCACCUUUCCCACUUUCAAGAAACUGUACUGUCGAUUCAAUCGAAUACAGCAUUUUAUUGAUGGCUUGCCUGCUGGUAACUAUAGUUUCAACAUAACUUACAACUUCCCAGAAACCAGGUAUAAAGGAGAAAAAUCAGUUGCUCUUUCCACCCUAACGUGGAGUGGAGGCAGCAGCCUUUUCUUAGGUCUCACCUGCACCGACGGCGCCAUGACAUGGUUGGCCUCCUUUUGCAUGAUGGCAGUUCGCUUGAUGCUAAAAGAAAGGAAAGUAUUCCUCCAGCAGUCAAGUCGAGCUUUAAAAAGAAAAGAAAACACAGAAAUGGACAGUGAAGUAACAGAGCUGAAGAUCUCCAACAAGGCUCGAACUGACUGGGAUAUUUCAUCAAGGGGCCCCGGACUGGCUGACCAAGGACAACCCCAAGUAGAUAAAUAAUGAGAGCUUCAGAGUGAAAAAGAGGGUGCCAGGAAGAAGGAAGAGGAGCAAAGGCAUAAUUAUGUAUAGUAAAGUGUCCUUGGAAUGGGGAAGAUAAACCUCCUUAAGGUCUAAACCAAGUCUCCAGUAUUUAUUUGAAGCCCUGUACCUGAAGGCAGCUGGGGCUUAGGAGAAUGCCAUCCCCGGACAGGAGUGAGUAAGUCUGGGGUCCCGAAGAUUGGGUGAAUACUUUUAACUAUCAGUCAGGCUCAGACCAUGAGUCUUCGCUAGCUGGUUGAAGUUAUUACAGACUUCCCAAAUCACUAUGCUGUAUACUUGAAACCAAUAUAAUAUUGUAUAUCAAUACACUUCACUAAAAAAAGAAAUUAUUACAGACUUCCCAACAAUUAUUGAACAUUGAAUUGAACAUUCAGAUUUUUGAAAAGCUUUUUAUUCAAUGUCCUUUUGUUUAUGGAGUCAAAACUAAGUUUUCUCUGCUAUGAAUCAACCAAGCAAAAAUGACAGUAACUGAGAUACAGCAAUAUACCAAAAAAAAAAAAAAAGAGGUGAGAAAGUUCCCUAGCACUAUCCAUCCAGCCAAGAAAAAAGCCCUGUAAGUGGCUGAUUCUCUCAAAAUGACAGUCAGCCUUUGAGGGCACAGAACCCUUCUAAAAUUUAUAUUGGGGUGACAUACUCUAGAAUGCAAAUGACAUGGACUUGCAGUACUUGAAUUGUACAAGUUGAGGGACAUUCUCAGGGUCCAUCUUCAAAGGUUUGAAUUCCUUCUAAAAGUCACUUAAAAGAGACUGAAUGAAAUAUUUGGUAAAGCUGCCAACAAGAGUCUCCUUAGAUCUGUGUACCUAAUGACUAGAAUAUUAUGCUUUUGAAAACAUGUUUUUUGUUAUUUUAAUUUUCAGGUGAAGGAGCUUUACUCUGUGAUGAUUGUAGGAGCAAAAUUUGCAUUGUUGAAGAAAAAUAACAGUCCAACACAUAUUUGUCUCUUCAGCAGCCAAGAAAGCAUUUCUUUGUUGUAACUUUCUACAUUCAGCAAAUGGUUGAGUACUUUUCAAAAAAAAAAAGAAACAAAAUAGCAAAAUAGUUUUAAGUUCCAACUCUGAAAUCUUGGCAUCUCUCCCCUAUCUCCCCUUCUAUCUGUAUCCAGUGAUCUCUGGUGACCAGGUGUGGUAGGCUGAAUAAUGCCCCAUCCUCCCCCAAAAGAUAUGCAUGUCCUAAUUCCCAGAACCUGUGAAUGUCACCUGAUAAUGUCAAAGGAGACUUUACCAGUGUGAUUAAGUUAAAGAUAUCUAUACCAGGAGAUCAUCUUGGAUUACCUGGUUGGGCCCAGUGUAAUCAUAAGCAUCCUUUUAAGAGAGCCAGGCAAGGGAUCAGAAGAGUAAUAGGAGAUGUGGCAAUGGAAGCAAGAGGUUAGAGUGAUGCAAGGAAGUGGGGGAGGGUCAUGAUCCAAAGAAUGAGGUGGCCUCUAAAAGCUAAGAAAAACAAGAAAUAGAUCCUCCCCUAAAGCCUCCAGAAACCUUGCUGGCAUCGCAGUUUGAGACUUCUGACAUUCAGAACUGUAAGAGCAUAUAUUUAUCUUGUUUUAAGCCCUGAAUGUGUGAUAAUUUGCUGCAGUAGCAACAGAAACUCAAAUGCUGGGGGUUGACAAUGCUCUAGUCAUCUGAGCAUCUGCUCCUCAAGCACAGGAGCCCUAUCCUAGGCAGAGGGCUUAGAAGGAGCAGAGCUCACACGUGAAUCAGGGCCACUGCCUUCAGAUCCUGGGCUCUCACCCUUCGAGUCCAUGCUCCUCAGUUAAUGUGCUGACUGGAAAAAGGCACAGACAUGUUUGUUACAUCUCAACCAGUUCUGCCAGUUUAUAGGAUGCUGUAUCAGUCAGGGUUCUCCAGAGAAACAGAACCAAUUGUGUAUGAGUGCAUGCGUGUGUGUGUGUGUGUGUG